UGUGCUUAAUAAUCCAAAAGGCGCGAUCCCUCUCUACAAAACGACCCUUCUACGGCUCCAUCAUUCGUUUUCAAAAAAGAAAACACUCUCUAAAAAAACGUUUACACAAAGUAGCCGAGGCUGGGUCCUCUCCACGAAGAAAAUGUUCCAGAUUUUAGUCGAGAUCUACCGCAGCUGAAGAGAGUGAGAUUGGAUAGUGAAAAAAAUGAUUUUUGGAGAGUUUUGGAACCGGGAACGAUGCUCGCUCGAGAGAAUCUCCUCUUCGAACGAUAUAUAAGAGGAGGCAGAUGAGGACCUCGAAGAGCACCCAAGCCCGCUGUAGAGAAGCCCUUGUCCUCCUCCGUUUAGAGCAGGCUCCUCUCCUUCGAAUCCCUUUGAAUGUAGAUAUUGCUACUCUUUAGCAGUCAAGGACACUUCUAUAUAGGUUUUCUGAAAAUGACUUCCCAGUGCUGGCCUUCAAAAAGCAAUAGAUCUUCAACCAGGUAUUGGUGGGUUCCAAUGGAAGUGCAAUCCUUGGAGCCAAAUACAUUUUUCCUCAAGGAGGAUGUCUCUAUUUCUCGUGCAAAAAGCAAUGCACAAUCUGAAACCAAAGCUCCUAGCAACAGAGUCGGUGAUUCUCAUUUGCCUGUAGACUCUUAUGGAAUCGAUAAGGUGGCAAGCCAAAAGGUUUCCAAUGAUCUGGCACACCCAUAUGAAAGUACAACUAGGAAGAAAGUUCUGACUGACCCACUAGCAAUGGAUCGGAUGGAACAGAUGACAACUGCACCAUUGCCCAAAGAAAUUCUCUUGUUGACUUAUCUGCUAAUCGGAGUGAAGGAGGUUCAACUGAUUGCACACCUGGACAGUGCCAACAAGAAACAGACUCUUUAUGUGCAGACAUUGAAUCCUCAGGCGAAAUUUCUGCUUCCAAGGAUUGAUUGUAAUGUUCAUGAUAAUAGUACAAAAUUACAUGACAAGCUUGUUCAUGAGCAAGAGCCUUCUCUAAAGCAUUGGUUAUCCAUACAAAAUAAAAUCCAAAAUGUCUGUUCCAAUAAUAGACAUGCCAUAGCAGGAGCACUGGCUGGAGCAUUGGUUAGCCUUUGUCUGCAUCCUGUUGAUACAGUUAAGACCAUCAUUCAGGCUAAUGGCAUGGGCCAAAAAUCAACUUAUCUCAUUGUUAGGAGAAUUAUAUCUGAAAAAGGCACACUGGGACUCUACUGUGGAAUUGCUAGCAAUAUUGCUUCUUCAGCACCAAUAUCUGCAAUUUAUACUUUCACAUAUGAAUCGGUUAAGGGAGCUCUGCUGCCUCUUCUGCCAAAGGAAUACCAUUCCUUGGCACAUUGCAUUACGGGUGGCUGUUCAAGUAUAGCGACCUCUUUUGUCUCUACUCCUAGUGAACGCAUUAAGCAGCAGAUGCAAGUGGUUUGCAGUAUCAGAACUGUUGGAAUGCUAUGAUUGGAUGUGUUGAAAAAGGUGGUGUGUCUUCAUUAUAUGCUGGAUGGAGUGCAGUCCUUUGCAGGAACAUCCCACACUCUAUCAUUAAAUUCUAUACGUAUGAAAGCCUGAAGCAGUUUCUUUUGGCAUCAGCAAAGCCUGAUGCUAGUCUCAACACAUUGCAAACGCUAGUAUGCGGUGGCCUUGCUGGAUCUAGUGCUGCUUUGUUCACAACUCCUUUUGGUGUAGUGAAGACAAGACUACAGACACAAGCUCCUGGAACUCUUGGAAGGUACAAUGGGGUUCUUCAUGCGCUUCAAGAAAUAGCUAGGGAAGAAGGUUUGCAAGGUCUUUACAGGGGCUUGGCUCUGAGGUUGGCUAUGUAUGUUUCUCAAGGAGCCAUCAUCUUUGCAUCAUAUGAGUUUCUCAAAGCAGUUUUUGCUUUGGAAGUUCCACAACCACCUUGCCAAGUCACCAAGAUCAAACAUAAAGCAGAUGAUCUUGCGCCAUCAAGAAUGCACAAAUGGCAUUCAUAAGUACAGUUUGAGCACAUAUUUGAAAGUUCAUAUGAAGUUGUUUUUUCAAGGAAAGAAAGUCAUAGAUAUACCAACUUAAGAAAGCAUCUACAGAAGAGCAGUCGGCUGGAAGAACGAAGCUCAAGCUUACAACCACACUUCAGCUGGAUAAAGGCAGGAUAUUAGCCACUCCCCCCCCAACAAUAAAAAAAUCUGGAAGGGAAAAACAUUACAUUCUGUUAAGGAAGAUGAACAAUUUGGUCCAUCAAUUUGGAAUUUUUAUAUGUCCUCUUGUUUCUGUUUGUUUCUUCAUGCUGAAUUAAUGCUACAUGGGUAUACUUCUGCAACCAUGGAUGCAAAACUGCCUCAGGCAUCAGAUCCAACAGCAUUUCAAGCAGCCUUCUGAACAUCAUGGAGCUUUCCAUUCUUGAAAGAUUUCAAGAUUCUUAUCAAGCAACAGAAAAUGUCAUCUGGAUGUUAUCUUUACAUGACUGUAUGUUUGCUUGAUCUCCUUGUCAAUUACCUUUUUGUUUUUUGUAUACGUUAGCAAUAUAUGUACCAGUUUCUGCUUAGACAACUUAAUAAAAACGAGAUGUUGGAUCUCCC